AUGGUUAGUAACGAAGGUCUUCUAAAUCGUUUUAUUGAUGGCACAAUAAGAAGAAAUAUAUGUGCCGAAGUUUGUAUCCCUUCUUACUUAAAAGACAAUAAGAUGCAUUGUGUUGCUCUAAGGUCUGAAGCAUCUGGAAAUUGUAUGUACAGCUCUGCAUCAUUAUUUUUUGUUGCUGACAAUACACUGAUGGAUGUGUUAAGAGUUUUAACAUCCCUUGAAAUUUAUAUACAUGCUGAUUAUUACUUAUCUCAUUCUGCAUUAGAUUCUGGCUUCGAAAAUAAUAAUAUUAUAAAAGCUGAAGCAAUUGCAAACUGUGAGAGCACAGAAAAAUGGGCUGUUUUUUUAUGUUUGUUAGGUUUAUCAUCGGUUCUUUCUUGUAAUAUUGUUUCCUGUUACCCAGAUUUUGGUGUUGAAAAGUAUAAAAUAUUUUUUAACCAAGAGAUCUCACCACGUACUCCCAUUAAAUUUUGUUCCCCAUUUUACAUUUUGUUUUGUUAUGAUGGGAAUUUUCAGUCAGGUACAUUUCAGCAUAAUCACUAUGUCCCAUUAAUUUUUAUUCCUAAAAAGCGUAAACUUUCCAGUAAAUCAAAAACAAUAAUUUCAAAAAAGUUGCUGCCAGUCUUAUCACCUAAUAAAUUUCUAGAUACAAAACAGACCACCAUUGAUCAAGUUGCUACAAUUGUACCCAGUACAGAAGCUAAAAAUCCAAAUAAAAAGCCUUACUCUAUCCUUACAUUCUUUCAUAAAACAAACCCAGACUUAGAACCUACUAGUGCAGUCUUACAAAAUACAUCUUGUAUUCUAAAAUCAAAUAGUUUUUCUUCUCAAUUAGCAGUGUCUUCUUCUCAAUCCACAACAUCUUUUCAAUCAUUAACAUUAAAUAAAGAUAUUUCUUCUCACUCAAAAACAUCUAAGGACAGUGUUCUAUCAAAAUCUUUUUUUACAAAAUCUUCAAGCAUCAGGAAAGUACCUAACUUUUAUAAUAAUAAUAAUAUUGAAUGCCCUUCGAACAUUAUUUUACCACCUAAAGAAACACGUAAGUUAACACAUUUGUAUUUGGAGCCUUUCAAUAAAUGGUCUGAUGCUAUUAGAUCAUUUUCAAAUCAUGAGUCAACUAAAAAUGGUUUACAUGCAUUUACUAUGCCUGUUUUUAAUAUUUUUUUGAGUCGUUCCUCAGGUAUAAGUCAACCAAUAAAUGUCAUCAUUGAUACUAAUGUAAAAGAAAAAAUAAUAAAAAAUCGCCAAAUACUUCGUCCUAUUGUUGAUGCUAUAAUUUUUUGCGGUCAAACCAAUACACCUUUGAGAGGCCACAGAGAUGAUUCACAAUAUCUUCCAGAGGCUGGAGAGUAUUCGAAAUGUGGAACUGGUUGUUUUAAUAAACUUUUAAAUUUUGCUGUACGCAAUGGAUAUGAUGUUUUAGGCUCUCAUCUUAAUAACUGUUCAAAGAAUGCCUCCUACAUUUCGAAGACUUCACAAAAUGAAAUUAAUAAAUGCUGUGGUGAAGAAAUUAGUAAAUCUAUAUUAUCUGAAGUUCGCAAAAAUGUUUUUUUUUCAAUAUUUGCAGAUGAAGCCUGUGACUCAUCUACUAAAGAGCAAAUGUCAUUAGUUUUACGAUUUGUUGAUAGUGAUUUCAAUAUAAGAGAAGACUUUAUUCAAUUUAUUGAUUGUAGUGAAGGAGUUAAAGGAAAAGAUUUGUUUAAUGUUCUUUUAAAUUGUGUAAGCAACUUAAAUCUAGAUAUAAAAAACUGUAGGGGUCAGGGAUAUGAUGGAGCCAGUUCUGUCUCUGGGUAUAUAAAUGGUCUUUCUGCUCAGGUUCUCAAUUUAAAUUCAAAGGCUUUGUAUACACAUUGUCAUAGCCAUCGACUGAACUUAUCAGUUUGUGAAUCGUGUAAUGUCCAAUUAGUUUCAGAGGUUUUUAAUAAAGUUCGCGAACUUUCUUAUUUUUUUAAUUAUUCAGAAAAUAGACAAAAGUUUUUAGAAGGUAGCAUUUUAGAGCGAGAACCUCAAACGCAUAAAAAAAAAUUAAAAGAUAUCUGUAGAACUAGAUGGAUUGAGCGAAUAGAUGGUUUAAACACUUUUCUUGAGCAUUAUUUAUCUAUUUUCCAUGCUUUAUGUAUCAUGGCUUCCCCUGAGAGUUCUGUUAACAAAGACACACAAAACAAAUCUUCUACUUUUUUAAAUUCUAUUGGCACUUUUCAUUUCGUCUUUACUUUAGUUGUGACAACACGUGUCUUUGAUUUUACUUUACCUGUUACUCGGUUACUGCAAUCAAAAACUAUUGAUAUCUUAGACGGUUUGCACCUUAUUACAGCUCUUAAAAAUACAUUUAUUUCCAUCAGAAACGAUAUAGAUAGUUUUCAUAAUAACUGCUAUGAAGCAGCAUGUUUGCUUUCAAGUAAAGCUGAAAUUUCUGUUUUAAAACCAAGAACCUGUUCUAUUCAAAAAAAUCGUUCUAAUGUUCCAUCAGAGUCUGUUUCAGAUUACUUCAAAAGAGCUGUUACUAUCCCUCUUAUAGAUCAUGUAUCUACAUCUAUAUCUACAAGAUUUAAAUCAGAAACUGUAGCUGCAUAUAAAGGGUUAUCAAUUAUUCCAUUUAAUAUUAUUUCUUUUCUUAAAAGACCCAAAACCCAAUUGUGUUGGAGGAAGCAGUUUGAAACAUUCUGUGAUUUUUUUAUAGAUGAUUUCCCUAAUAUCAGUGCCUUGAAUAAGGAACUAAUAGCUUUAAGGAUACUUGGGACACUUCCUGUUACUUCAUGUGAGUGUGAGAGGAGUUUUUCUGUUAUGCGUCGGUUAAAAGACUAUAUGAGAACAACAAUGUCAGAAGAUCGACUUAACGGUUUGGCAUUAAUGUAUAUCCAUCAAGAAAUUGUUCCUUGUAUUGAUAAUGUUAUCAAUAGAUUUUCUAUAAAAAAUAGACGACUUGAUUUCAAUGAUUAG